UGUGUAGAAGUAAUUUAUCUUUUUCUUCGAGUUUCUCGAUUUUUAAUUCAGUUUCCACAGGAAUGGCGUCGAAAAAUCAUCGAUGGCUUGUUGACUCUGGAAUUCUACGUAAAAAAAAUAAUGAAGAGGAACCACAGGAGCUAUUGGUGUUUGGAUACAGCUGCAAAUUAUUUCGAGACGAUGAGAAGGCGAAAAUGAUUGAUCACGGGAAGCAUUUGAUACCGUGGAUGGCUGAUAACACAUUAAAGAUAGACAGUACGUUUUAAAUACGUAAAGGUAUGACCAACAGUGACAAGAGGACGCUGAUGGAGAAUAGAUAAUCAGAGAUUGUGACAUUCUAUUUAAAAAAAAUGCUUCUUCAAAAUACUGAUUAAUGAUGUCCGAGAGAUUAAAUUUUGGAUAAGAAAAAAUCUGGAGACUGUUUAAGAUUUAUGCAGGUGUUACGCUGAACUACCUUCUUCCAGUGUGGCGCGCCCGGCACAGGUGACAAAUGGGGUCCUUGAAUCCUUGUGAAAUUUCAAGAAGUAUCCUUGUUGUCACCGAGCUUCCCUCCAGCAAGGUGAGAGACACAGGGUAAAGAGUCAAUCGGCAGCCGGGGAUCGUAUUUUUUACGAUUGCUCGGCACGGUAUGUAUUAAUGUCCAAACUUCACCAAUACGGCGUGGUACAGAGUGAAUGGUUUAGAGUUUUUUCCCCCAAUUUAUAAUAAUAAUUAUUAUUAUGAUUAUUAAUUAUAUUAUUUAUUAAUAAUUUUAUUUAUUUUAUUUACAAUAAAAAAUGUAAAUCCUUUUUUUAUUCCUGCUAUUUUAUAAAAUUUUAUUAUUCCUUUCUAAUUAUUUAAAUUUAUACUUUUUAAAUUUAUGUAUUUUUUAAGGCAUAAUCUUGAAAAUCAAUCCCUCUGGCCUACCGUUGAAAAAAAAAGAAAAAAAAAAAAAGAAAUAUACUUCCUUUGUACUUAUUUCCCAUUAUUGCAGCUUACAACAAAGACAGGACUUUUUUAUCACUAACUUUUUUUUUUUAUUUUCAGAUGCCGAGCGGGAUUAAUAUAUAAUGAUCUAUUGAUAAAAUAAUUAUUUAUAAAACUCUAACUCAAUUUUUAUGUGUCUUUAGAUACGAUGGACGCGGGGCACUGGCGGAUUUGCGAGUUCACGAGCCGCCACCGGGUGGUUUUGACGCACGUACCAUACUUACAGAAGAUGAAUUUAAAAUUGAGCAACUUUGUGACGAAGAAAGAUAUCGGUCUCUCUACAAUAAUGAUGCUGAAGAAUUAAUGUAUCAUGAGGAAGAAAUAAAACGACUACAUCAAGCCUUGGGAAGUGAUAAUACUUAUGGACAAGUAGCUUACAAUUACGAUGAUCAAGAUAAUCAUGCGGGUGUAGGUGAAGACUCAAUGAGUCCAAAACCAUCAGAUGGUUCACAAGAUGAUGAUGAUCAAGCUUUUGUUCUUCCAUCUGAAAUAGAGGCGCCAGAAGGAAUGGUUUUGCCAGAAACGCAAAAACUCAACGCUAUUAUUACUAAAACAGCGUUGUUCAUAAGCCGCCAAGGCAGUCAAAUGGAAAUAUUAAUAAAAGCAAAACAAUCUAAUAAUCCACAAUUCGCAUUUCUUUCAAUAGAAGGAGCACUUCAUUCUUAUUAUAAACUUGUACUUGAUGCAAUAAAACAAGGAAAAUAUAAUCCUGAAAAACAACCAGAGAAAGAAGAACUUGAGUCUGACGAAGAGUCUGAUGAAAAUGAUGAGCCUUAUCUGCACCCUAGUCUUGCAUCAUCAAUGACUAAAGUUGAAGCGGCACCCAGUAUACCGAGUAUACAAUACAAACCAUCAGCAGAUUGUGCGUAUUCUAUGUUGGUGAACAAAAUUACGGGUAAACCUCCGCAAUCCAGAAAUCCACCAUUUUCACCUGAAGUACCGGCUCAACAAGUGCCACCAUCUGGAUAUUGUCCACCAGUAUCAACACAGAGUUACGCACCUUAUCCACCAAUACCACAGCAAUAUUCUCAUGGUCCAGUAAUUUAUGGCCCAAAUGGACAAGUUCAAUCACCAUCAAUACCUAUCGAUACUCCAUUGACACCAACAAUAAAAGAAUCUCCAGCGCCAUUAGUACCUUAUGGACCAACUCCACCUAAGCCUUUAAGUAGGCCGUCUUUUAUUGUCCCACCUGCUGAUGUACAAAUAAUAAUUGAUAAGAUGGCCAGCUAUGUUGCGAAAAAUGGUCGCGAUUUUGAAGCUAUUGUAAAAGCAAAAGGCGAUGCUAGAUUUAACUUUCUUGAGCUAUCGCAUCAAUAUCAUGGUUAUUACGCACAUAAGUUAACAAUUUAUGAAGGUGGUGCUAAUUCUAAAGCACUUACUGAAGAGGAGUUGUUACGUAAACAUGAACCACAAGAAGAAAAACAGAAAAAACUAGAAGAACUUCAAAAAAAACAACAGAGAAUGGAAGAAGUACAAAAGAGAGUAAAGAUGAUUCAAGCUAAGAAAAAAGGAGACAAACAAAUUACAACAGUAUCGUUUUCUAUUAAAAAACCAAAGGACAGUGACACAACUGUGAUGGAAAAACGUAGUGCUUUGCCAAUGGAAGAGAGUGAUGAUGAACAAGAAAAUGAAAAAAAAGAAGUUAAUAAUUCUAAAUCAAAUUCACCUAUGCCUAAUCUUGAUGAAGAAAAUUCUUCAGUAAAGCAAGAAAAAGAAAUAAAUAAAUUAGAAAUAACUUCGAAUAAUGAAACAGAAGAAAAAGAAUUGGUUGAUCUCACUGAUGAUAUUCUUGAAGAUUGUCAGAAUCAAGUAAAAUAUAAAUCGAUAGAAACUAAACUCAAAGACAAACUUGCUGCUGCUGCUAGAGAUAAACUUGCAUCCAGUUCACGUGAAAAGCAGCUUCAACUUGAAAGAAAGAAAAAAGCCGCUAUGUUUCUUAGCCAAAUUCAAGCACCUGCAUUAUCUAAAUCAAAUGCUGAAAUGAGGAUGGAAGAUGAAUUGGAUGAAAUUCAUUCGAUUCCAUCGCCUACGCCUGAGGAAGUUGAGGAUUCGCGUUCAAGUCACAAUUCAUUAAUGAAUAGACUUAAGAGCGCUGAUCUUGGGGCCAAACGCUCAAGACUAAAGUCAAUGUCAAGAUCAAGAUCUGGUUCAAGAUCAAGAAGUCGAAGCCGCAGUUACUCCGACAGACAUAGAUUUCACAAAAAACACAAGAAAAAGAAAAGUUCUCAUAGAAGUAAUUAUGACAGUCCAAGUGCUUCAAGAUCCCACAGAGUGAAGAAAAGUAAAAAAUCUACGUCAAGACAUAGAUCACGAUCAAGAUCACAGAGUCGAAGAAGUACAAGACAUUCACGAAAUCCAAAUGAUUCCAAUGAUUCAGAUUCAAACACAUCUUGAAUAAAAAAAAUAAAAUUUAAAUGAGAUAUUCAUAUAAAUUUGUAUAUAUGCUUGUCAAAAGAUUUAAUACAACAUUCAUAAAAAAAAAAAAAAA